GAAACAUUCGCUUCGAUGGAAGCAGACUUGAUUGGAAAAAAGAUUCUUAGGAAUAACCCUAGAUUCUAACCCAUUAAUCCUAAGAUGGGUUAGAAGUAACCCAUCAAUCCUAAGAUGGAUGUAUACCGUGAUAGCGAGACCUAUCAUCACCUACGGAGCGGUAAUCUGGUAUAGCUCAACCUAGCUAGUACCAGCUAGAAAGACCCUAGGAAAAGUGCAAAGACUUGCGUGUCUCUGUAUAACAAGAGCAAUGAGAUCAUGCCCAACCGCGGCACUAUAAGAAGUCAUUCUAGACCUCACACCACUCCACAUAAUAGUGAACCGGAUUGCCGCAGUGGAUCAUGUCUCAAACUGGAGAAGAUAGGUCUACAAUCUACAAAGGGAAACGAACCUUGGCAGAACUUCUCUCCCAAACUGUGCACACCUCAUAGAUCUACCAAAAGACGCGUGAUUGUUGAUGAAUUCAGUUUUGAGAAAAACUUUUCCAUCGAACUAAUAACUACAAAAAGCAGAUGGAACGUAGAAUCUAUCCAAUCCCUCAAAGCAAACACCAUCAACCACAUAACAUAAAUGCAAAUCUUAUUGAUCAGUGUUGCGUUGCACAAAUUUAUUAAUCAUUCUCUGUUCACAUGAGCCCAAAACGAUACCCGUAUUUUGACCAAUUAUUACGAGUGUUUUUAAAAACAAUAGAUAAAUAAUAAACGAUAAAAAAAAAUUAAUUGGUCCAAAUACUAUUUUGUACUUGCAAAUGUUUAGUUAUUUCGCAUGCAAUUUAUUUGCGCUGUAUAAGCAUUAUCUUGAGCAAAUACCUAAACGUAAUGAUGUUACAAAAUAUUGGUUGGUACUUGUGGUGUACCUAUUAGGUACCUAGUUUUGUUUAUUUCUUUAUUCUUUUGAUUCAGACAAUCGACAGAUUUGCCUCUGAAUUGUGAAUACCAAUGAUUACCAGAUUCCUAAUUAGGUAAGCGUGAGUACCCUGUGCAAGGAAGUUGUGCUCUCUCUGCAGUCCGCAGUGAUCAGCUGGCCUAUAGCAGAAAGUGAGAGCGUCUUUUGAAUAUCUACUUUUUUAUUUUACAAUAAUAUUAUUUAUUGUAUGUGAGCAUGGGAACAUCAAACAUGGACGGAUGUGGGAAUUUCAUGAAAUACAGCCUCUUUAUUGUUAAUUUGAUUAUAUUUAUUGGCGGAAUUGUAGCUGCAGCCUUAGGAAUUUGGGUCAUAGUGGACAAAUCCUUUGCGAAUGAACUUCUAGGUACCAACUUGUAUAGUGGGUCUGCCUACGUUUUAGUUAUAACAGGAGCUUUAGUUAUUCUAAUAUCCUGCCUGGGAUGUUUAGGAUCAGUUAAGGAAGUUAGAUGUAUGCUAGUAAUUUAUUUCACAACUUUAUUCCUCAUAUUCGUCACAAUGUUGAUUGGAGGUAUUCUCGGCUACGUUUUCAGAGAAAAAGUGGAAAAAACAAUUCGUUUGGGCAUGAGCCGGUCAUUGAGCGACUACGGAAACCACAAACCGACCACAGAUGCUUGGGACGAAACACAACGGAGAUUAAAUUGUUGCGGUGUUUCUGGUUAUACAGAUUGGAACGAUAGAAUACCAGAAUCCUGUUGCAAAAUCACCACUUCGGGACAGCCAAUAAAUUGUCGUCAAAUCGAAGUGAAAAAUGAAUUUACAAUCAACACAAGGGGGUGCCUAACAGUCACGAUGGAUUAUGUAAAAGAGCAUGCCAAGAUUAUAGGAACUGCUGGAAUUGUUGUUUCUUGUUUUUUGGUUCUGGGAAUGAUUUUCUCUUGCGCCCUUUUUAAACUUAUUAAAUAAUCUUUUUCUUUUAUUAAACACCAUUUUAUUUAUUCAAAAAUAUUACAACAAUAAAUUACCAUUAAAACAAAAAUGCAACAAAUAAUAAGAUAUGUAUAGGAGGUAUACCUAUGUAAAUAUAGAUUUCUUCUAAAAUUAAAUAGAUGUUAUAGACAUUGAAUUGUUGUUAUUACAUAUCUAAAUUUUUCGAUAUUUUUUGUAAAAAAAUCUAUGAUCUUGGCAAAACUUAUAGAUAUUUACUUGUAUAAGGGGUGCAAAAGAUUUGACUUGAAAUAGUCAAACCAUUUACACUGCAUACAUAAUUUAUAUAGGUAGUUAUAAAUGCAUAAGAAUAAUAUUAUUGGUUAACAUGUAUUAUAUCACAAGUAAAAUAAUCUUACAGCAAAAAGCUUGGAAAGGAAUAAUAAUUAUUUACAAUAUUUUUAUUUAUAAAUAGUAUUACGUUUAGCGAAUAAAAUAAUAAUGAAUGGUCCCUUUUUACAAAUAAAAAAAACAAACAAAAAUAUGACCUAAUUAAUAUUUUGUUCAUAACACCGGGUCAGAUUUGACAAAAAAAAAAACUUGGCAUAAUGUGCUAGUUUAUCACAGCAAAAUUACAUUACUACAAGAGUUUUCUAAAAAAGCCCUUCAUAGACCUAAAGAAUACUGAUUAUAAUAUGAAGCACGUUAUUUUAGUAUUUUACAAUUUUAUACAAUAAUAUCAAUAUUGGUGUUACCAGUUGCCUUAACACAGCUAAAUUUUUAGUAAAUGGACAUUUUCAAUUUAUACAAGAAGAAUGAUAUUGAUGAUGUAUUUUGGCCAAGAGUUCUAUUUCUUUUGCGGGAAGAAUAAUAAUAAUUAUUCUUCCCAAUGGUAAGCUAAAAAAUGUGGUUCCAAAUAAACCUAUCUAAAGGCACAUUAUGUAGUUCAUGUAUAUUAUCCCAGUAUUUACUUUUGGUUACUGCUUAGUUUCAACAAACAAAAAUUACUUAGCCAGAAUGGGAUUUUUUUUUCAGCAACAAUUCUAGUUAAAACAAUUAUGUUUUUUACAUUAUUCUGAAGGUGAAAUUUGAUAUGUUAUUAAUUUGUGCUUGUACGAAUAGGGUAGAGAUACAUAGAAAACAUUCUACUUAUCUAUACCAUUCUAAUAUUUAGAUAUUGCUAUUUUGAUAAGGAGUUUUUUAUUGCCUGUACGCUGAGCUAAAAAGUCAAAAACCCAAACAUUUGUUCUCCUAUGUUGAACUUUUCCGUUCAAUACUAAUUUGUUUCGCCAAUGCACCGUCCAAACUAGGUCUAUGAAUGUUCAACCUCCUCGGGUCCGUAGAACAUUCUCCGUCUUCUUGAUGGUUGCUGAUAUGAAGGGCUUUACAUAUUCCAUGGCGUAGGGACGUGGAGAUUUUAGACAGGGACCCAGUACCCUGUCAAGGGAGCAUUUCGACAUAGUUUUCUGGUAUCAGGCCGGUUUUACCAUUCAGGGUGCCCUCUAGCCAACCCGGUUCUGGAGAGG